CUGAAGCAGAUAGGUAGAUCAUAUCAAGGGUCCAGUGCCAUUGAAUGAAUCGAACAAGACCUACAUCGAAUACUCCAAAAAAUCUCACGCCAUUCCCUUGUUUCGAUUCUUUUUCUUUCUUUUUCUCGCCCAUCAAACAGAAAAUUGGGUAGGUUUUUUUUCUUUUUUUUUUUUUCGAGGGCUGUCGUCAAAAACGGCAUAGAAUUCUCGUGAUUUGUUGCGUAUUGGUAACAUGCACCAUGUGGGGUGGCGGCGUCAGUGAAGAUGAUGUUCAACCAGGUGGUGAAGGUCCAAAGAAAGAAGCUUGCCGCAUGCAUGACAUGUCCUCUCUGCAAUAAGCUGUUUAGAGACGCUACGACCAUCUCUGAAUGUCUCCACACCUUUUGCAGGAAAUGCAUAUGUGACAAGGUAUCUGAUGAGGACUUAGAUACCUGUCCAGUGUGUAAUAUCGACUUGGGGUGUGCUCCACUAGAGAAGCUCAGGGCAGACCACAGUGUGCAAGAUCUAAAGGCCAAGCUCUUUGCUUCCAAAAGAGAAAAGACUAAGGCACCUGCAGUUGUGCCCUCAGUCCCAAAAGCUGUGCCCUUAGCCCCAUUGGCAGGCAGAAGAAAGGAGAUAUCUCUCUCUUCCUUGGUGGUCAGCACACCCAAAGCAGCAGCAAAGUCUGUUCUGCCUAGGAAAAGAUUGAAAUGCAUUGCAAGGAAAAGUCCGGAUGUACGAGAAUCUAUUCUCGCUGAGGAACUGCUUGUUAAGAAGGUGGAUGACUGCUACGAGAGUUUAAGCUCACCUGAAACUAUAAGCCAAAUUGCACAAGCUAAAAGGCAGAAUUCCAAUCCCGAGCCAUCCCAACAGUGCAAGACAAAUAAGGAUACAGAGGACAGCGCUGAACCAUGUGAAGGCAAAACUGAGUUGUGCAAACCCUUAAAUUGUCUGGUUGAAACUGCAAGCAAAUCAAAGCCUAAUAAGUCUGAUAUAAAGGAAGCUACUGUCCAAAUGCAGCUGCCUGGUCCUGCAGAGAAUGAAGCUCAAGUGCUUAAAGCCAUGGUUAAGAAGCAUCGUAAAAAAUCAAAAGUUAUUGGUUAUGAAAAUAAAUUUUCUGUGUCGCCGGCAGGGUCAGUGAAGACUAAAAAGUUGCAAGGUGUACGCAAAAAUAGAGCAGUUGUCUCUGAGGGCUUGAAUAUUCCAGCACAAACUUUUGUUGAUGCAAGCAGUAAAUGUGAUGGAAGAUUUAGUCCAAUUUGGUUCUCAUUAGUUGCUUCUGAUGAUCAGGAAGAAGAUGCACUCUUGCCACAGAUAUCUUCAUGCUACUUGAGGGUUAAGGAUGGCAAUUUACCCGUUUCAUCUAUUAAAAAGUAUCUGGUGCAAAAGCUGGGUCUUGCUAGCGAGGCUGAGCUGCUUGAAAUUCUUGCAGGUAGAAAUUUCACUAAAUGGCCAGCCGGUGCUUUCUACGUUGCAGUUGCAUCAUUUGGUAGACAGGUGGUUGCAGAUGGCACCAACAGCCGAAAGAAUACGGACAAGUGUUGGCAGCUCAGCGAAAGAGUUUGUGAUGGUUCUGUCAUAUGGUCGAAAAACUCAUCCUCCAUGAAAUAUUUGGUUCAUGGUCAUGCUUCAUUCAAUGGCAUGGCAGCAGUGAUUUCAAUCCAGUUGAUCUAAGACAUCUAUUUUUUUGCCACCAUGCAAUCGCGUGUUGGAACGUGGAAAUCCAAAUUUCUCGUCUUCAUAACGAAUGUACACAGGUUCAAUUUGCUAUGACAUGUGGUGCAUAACCUGUUCUUUUACAUUCGUGGAUUUUCCUUGUUUAGUAAAGGUAUAGAAAUAGUAGAAAUUAUAGAGAAAUACAGAAACAACAGAGAAUAGAAGAAUACUGAUUUUCAAUUCACAAGCUGAGAGAUUUUGGUUUGAUUAAUGUCAGAAUCCAUUGAACAAAGGUCGCUGUAAGAAAGCAGGACAUGCACAGGAUUCAUGUCGCUGGCCUAACAAGUUGAGAUGAGAUGAUAUGAUCGUCUUAUAAGAUCUGAAAGUCAAAUUUUCGCUGAGCACUUUGGAUUAACUGUGAACUCCCUUCUGUGCUGAUGCCGGCACGGGCAUAUUUACUGAAAACUAGAAGGAAAAUGUAAUAUUUUCUCCAUGGUUGAAUUUAUAUGCUAAAGUAAAAACUUUUCUUUCUUUAA